GGACACCCCGGGGACACCCUGGGGACAUCCCGGGACCCCAUGGGAACCCCCCGUGUCCCCACUGUGGGGCAGAGCCCGGGGGGGUCCCGCUAUGGGGCUGAGCUCGGCCCUGUCUCCCCACAGGCCUGGAAGGUUGGGAAUCCCGGACCGUCAUCUCGGACCGGGCGCACAUCGUCCCGGACCGUCAUCUCGGACCGGGCGCACGUUGGUGAGCACCAGGGGGACAUUGGGGACACUGGGAACAUCAAGGACAUGCUGGAGACAUUGGGGACAUGUUGGGGACACUGGGGGCACUGGGAGUCUCGGACCGUCAUCUCGGACCGGGCGCACAUUGUCUUCGACUUCCACCAGGCCGUGGACGGGAUCCAGGAGCAGCAGCGGCAGCAGCAGGACGGCAGGAACCUUGGGACAACCCGGAAGGGCAUCGGCCCCGUCUACGCGGCCAAGGCGUCGCGCGCCGGACUCCGGAUCUGCGACCUCCUGGCCGACUUCGGACAGUUUUCCAAGAAGUUCGAGGCGCUGGCCCGGCAGUACGAGGCCACCUACCCCGGGCUGAGGAUCGACACCGCGGCCGAACUGCGGCAGCUGCAGGUCUUGGGGACUCCCUUGCCUUUUGGGGAGCUGCUGGUGCGGGACGGGGUCCACUUCAUGCACCAGGCGCUCCAUGGGCCGCCCCGGAAAAUCCUGGUGGAAGGAGCCAACGCCGCCCUCCUGGAUAUCGACUUUGGUGAGCGCCGCAUCCGCCGGGAUGCUCCCGGCAUUCCCGGCAUGGGGACGGAUCCCGUCACCACGGGCCGGAAGCGCCGCUGCGGAUGGCUGGACCUGGUGCUGGUCCGAUACGCCCACAUGAUCAACGGCUUCAGCGCCCUGGCCCUCACCAAACUCGACAUCCUGGACACAUUCCCGGAGAUCAAAGUGGGAGUGGAAUAUCGCUUGGACGGGAAACCCAUUCCCUACUUCCCAGCCAGCCAGGAGCUGCUGGACCGCGUGUCCGUGCGCUACGAGACGCUCCCGGGAUGGCUCCGGAGCACGGAAGGAGCGCGCGGAUUUUCCGAGCUCCCGCCCCAGGCCCAGGGCUACGUCCGCUUCGUGGAGCAGCACCUGGGGGUGCCAGUGAAAUGGGUCGGAGUCGGCAAAUUCCGCGAAUCC